UUCACUAUUUCCAACUCACUACAAGCCCUACACAUACACACACUCACCCCCCCUCUCUCUCUCACAUUCAUACACACUGUCUUUCUCUCCCCCUGUGUCUGUCUCUGGUUUUGAACUUUCCCUUUAAAUAUCCUCCCUAACGGGAAAUAACGGUAGUAAGCUGCCUGCUACCGUCCGGUCAGGCUAUCCGACUUCUCUACCAUCAGUGAAUUUACGUGCAGUCGGACAGGUGCUCGUGCUUUGCGAUGAGAACGCUGUUGAUAUCACUCCUCUGGGUCCUCGGCGGGGUGGAGGAGACCGUGGCCGUACCUACCGUAGGCCUACCUGCCACGAGAGAGUUCUACAUCGCCGCGGUUGAGAUUGGUUGGGACUAUCUCUACUGGGGCAGCGGUGACCCGUCGGAACAAAGGAGGAGGACCAAGGAUCCUGCUCAGAAAUACAUAAAAGCUGUUUAUAGAGAAUACACUGAUUCCACAUAUUCAGUCCCCAAGCCUACACCAACAUGGGCAGGUAUCCAGGGUCCGGUGAUCCAUGCCCAGGCCAGUGACAGGGUGGUGGUGCACUUUAAGAACCUGGCGUCCCAGCCCUACAGUAUCAGCCCUGUGGGGGUCAGCUACUGGAAACAGUCUGAGGGGGCCGGAUACGAUGACGCCACGUCUAGCCAGGAGAAGGAGGAUGAUGCUGUUGCUCCAGGAGGAUACUACAAGUACGUCUGGGACAUCAACCCUAAAGACGGUCCGACCGUGGGAGACCCAGAAUGCCUCACCUACUCCUACUCCUCCCAGGUGGACACUGUACAGGACUUCAACUCUGGGCUCAUCGGGGCUCUGCUCAUCUGCAAAUCAACUGCAUUUACAGAUAAUGGAGUUCGGAAAAGCAGAGAGUUUAUUCUGCUCUUUGCUGUUUUUGAUGAGAGUAAGAGCUGGUACGGAGAGGUGGGGAGUUUCCGGGAAAGAUUUAAGAAGGCCAAUGCGAGAAAACAGUACCACACUAUCAAUGGAUACGUCAACUCAACUUUACCAGGUCUGACGAUGUGCCAGGGACGAGAUCAUGUGUUCUGGCAUCUCAUUGGAAUGGAAACGGCUCCAGAGAUCCACUCCAUGCUGUUUCAGGAUCACAGUCUACAGGUGAUGGCCCACCGUAAGGUUACUGUGGAGAUGACCCCUAUGACCUUCACCACAGCGGAGAUGAAGCCCAGCACUCAGGGGAAGUUCCUCAUCAGCUGUCAGAUCCAAGCACACCGCCACGCGGGCAUGAGUGCAGUCUUUGAGGUGGAGGACUGCCCAGAGCCUGUGACGGUACCCGGCCCUGACGUGCGUCAAGUCCAGCAGUCUGAGAAUGAGGAGGACUAUGAAUAUGGAGAUGACAUGUUUGAGACAUUUGUGUUUAAGCCUGUGAAAAGUCGGGCUGUGGGGCGCUCCCGAGGGGGGAAGAGCAAAGUCUGGGUCCAUUACAUUGCUGCUGAGGAGAUCAGUUGGGAUUACGCACCCCACCUCAGCCAGGCAGACAGUCAACUGUUAUCGGAAUACUUCCCCAGGGGUCCUCAUCAGCUGGGUCAUGAAUAUAAGAAAGUGGUAUAUGUAGAAUACACUGACCAGACCUUCACCAAGAGGAAAUCACCUGUUAAAAGACUGCUGGGACCACUGCUCAGAGGACAGGUGGACGAACACUUCCAGAUAGUGUUCAAGAACCUGGCAAGUCGUCCUUUCAACAUGUAUCCAAACGGCCUCACCAGGAUUUUUCCACUGAGGAAAACAGGGAACGAGGGUGAAAAGGACCUACGCUCCCUAGCUGUACCCCCCAACGGGACAUAUGGGUACGUGUGGAAACUAACAGCAGAGGAUGGGCCCCUGGAGGGAGACCCCCAGUGUCUGACCCGUCUGUACCAGAGUACCAUCAACCCUGAGAGAGAUCUGGCCACUGGCCUCGUAGGACCCCUCCUCAUCUGCAAGAAGGACUCCAUGGACACCAGGGGGCGGCUGGUGGGCCCAGAUAAAGUGAAGCAGUUGAUGUUUGCUGUGUUUGAUGAGAACAAGAGUUGGUACAUCAAUGACAACAUUCAGAAGUACAGCAAAGACCCCUCCAUGGUCAACCCUACAGACCCUGACUUCUACAACUCCAAUGUCAUCUACAACGUGAACGGGAUUAUGUUCAAUGGGCAGAAGGUCCAGGUGUGUAAGGAUGACGUGACCUUCUGGCACCUGGCCAACGUGGGGACGCAGAGCGACUUCUUGUCCGUCUACUUCACAGGAAACCCCUUCAUGAAGGACAACGUGUACGAGUCCGUCCUCACACUCUUCCCAAUGUCCGGCGAGACCGUUACCAUGGAGACCGAGCUAAUCGGUGAGUGGGAGAUCAGUGCAUUCGACGGCAGUCUGAAAAGCCGUGGCAUGAGCGCCCGCUACUCCGUCCUGUCUUGUAACGUUGAACUGCUGGUGGACAAUGAAGACGUAGAGUAUGGCCUGGAGGACGUCCUGCCUGACUACGUAGACCACUUCUUCAAACCCAGAUCCCUCCACCCCCAGCCACAGAACAGGACCGUAGCUGUCAGAGUCUGCAGGAAGCAACCUGGCUUAAACCAGAACACAACAACACCGCAAACAGGAAAUGACACAGAUAACGAAGUCGCCAUCGGAGAAUCAGGGGACCACGGGUCUGAUAACAAUGUCACAUUUAAGGCAGGGGACCAGAGGUCAAUCUGUGAGGUCAGGUAUGUGACGGUGUCGUCUACUGACGAGGAGGCCAACCUGCUUUCCCAGGGAGGGAUCCCCACAGAUGUUCUGGAGCAACUGGAGAAGGACGGGGAGUGGAAAGCUUCAGAGAACCAGGAGGGAGGGGACCUGGGUGGGGAGCAGGGGGGGAACGGGAGACAGAGAUGCCAGGCCGGGUUGGAGGGUGGAGAGAAUGGAGAGCGCAACAAGCUGGUGGAGAACUGUGAGGAGGAGGUGCUGAAGGAGUGGAAGGGUCGGGUGUAUGGGGAGGAACUAGAGCAGGAGCAGAGAGAGGAGCAGAAGGUGGAGGUGUUGGAUCAGCAGGAGGAGCAGGAGGCGCAGGGUGAGGGGUUCUUAAAGGUGCAGGAGCAGAGGGAGAGGCAAAAGGGGGAGCUGGAUCGAGAUUCACAUCCCCUAACCACCAAUCACGCAGAUAAGGACCCUCUACUCUUGGAGUUAGACGGAUGGAUGGAUCUGGACCCCCUGAACAAAACUUUGGAAGCUCUCCCGGAUCAGCUGAAGGUGCAGCAGCAGAGGGAGGAGCAGAAAGCUGGGUAUGUGCAUCCCCUAAGCAACAACACUCACACAGAGCCGGACACCCCUCUACUGGAUUUGUUGGAUCUAGACUUCUCCAAUGUCUCCAAAGACAACGAGACGGCUCCCAGGAACGCAGUGUCUUUGGAGUAUGAUGACUAUAGUGAGGAAGACACUGGGACAGCCUACAUAGGGACAGAGGAAAACCUGGACCUGAGGACCACUGAUGGACAAUACCGCAGCUACUACAUCGCUGCACAGGAGAUCACAUGGGACUAUGGGAUCAGGAAACCACAUCAGCUCAUAAAAACAAGAGAGAGGCGUAGGGGAAUGAGGAAGUUCCUGGUGGAAUAUAAGAAGGUGGUGUUCAGGGCCUACAGUGAAAGAGACUUCCAGAUUCCCGUCACCAGAGGAGAGCUGCAGGAACAUCUGGGACUCAUGGGCCCUAUCAUUAAAGCUGAGGUCAAUGACCUCCUUACUGUGACCUUCAAGAACAUGGCGUCCAGGCCCUACUCCCUGCACCUCCAUGGGGUGUAUGAUAAGAGCCAGGGUGAUGGUCAAUCCUCCGGGGACAGGGUGGCGGGGGUCCCUGGGGAGGCGGUCCAGCCUGGGGAGGUCAGGGUCUACACCUGGAGGAUCACCAGGAAGCAGGGGCCCACCGCUGCAGAGUUUGACUGUAAGGCCGGGGCCUACUACUCUACACAGAAUAAGGAGAAGGACCUCCACUCUGGUCUGAUUGGCCCCUUAGUAAUCUGUAAACCAGGCACCCUCCACCCCCAACUGAACCUACAGCCCAACCUACAGGAGUACGCCCUCCUCUUCCACACCUUCGACGAGACCAAGAGCUGGUACCUGGACGAGAACAUCCGUCAGUACUGCACCCCGCCCUGCCAGGCCCAGAAAGAUGACCCCUGGUUUCAGCUCAGCAACAAGUUUGCAGCCAUAAACGGCUACGUGGCAGAGACACUUCCUGGUCUGACUGUAGCCCAGCACCAGCAAGUCAGGUGGCACCUGCUGAACGUUGGGGGCGACGGGGAGUAUCACACCGCCCACUUCCACGGUCUGCCCUUCAGCAUUCACAAGGAGCAAGAGCAUCGCAUGGGGGUGUACAACCUCUAUCCUGGUGUGUUUGGAACAGUAGAGAUGAGGCCGGCCACGGUGGGGACCUGGAUGGUGGAGUGUACAGUAGGAGAGCACCAGCUGGCCGGCAUGAGGGCUAAACUACUGGUCUACAACCCACGAUGCAUCCAGCCUCUGGGGUUGAGGUCAGGAAGAAUAGACAAUUCCCAGAUCACUGCAUCAGACCACAUAGGUAACUGGGAGGCCAGGCUGGCGAGGCUGGAGCUAUCUGGUUCUGUCAACGCCUGGAUGGGCGCGGAUCAGAAAUCAUGGAUCCAGGUGGACCUCCAAAGACCCACACUGAUCCAUGGGAUCCAGACCCAGGGUGCAAGAGCCUCUCUGGGCCUGAAGGACUACUUCAUCAUGUACUUCACCCUCUCCUACAGCCUAGACCAGGAGACCUGGACUAACUACAGGGGGAACAGCACCACGCCAGCCUACAUAUUUAACGGUAACCUGGAUGGCUCCAAGGUGAAGGAGAACCAUCUGUCUCCCCCCAUCCUGGGACGCUACAUCAGACUGCAGCCUGUCACCAUCCAGAGGAACCCUGCUCUUCGCAUGGAGCUGCUGGGCUGUGACGUCAACAGCUGCUCCUUCCCCCUGGGUCUCCAGAGGAGGUUGGUUCCAGACAGCAGCUUCAGAGCCUCCUCCUUCCUGCAGACUUGGAGGCUCUCCUGGAGCCCCGCCCUCGCUCGCCUCCACCAGGAUGGCAGCGCCAAUGCAUGGCGCCCCAAGGCCAAUAACCCCCAUGAGUGGCUGCAGGUGGACUUCCUGGUUAUGAAACGCAUCACAGGGGUCGUCACUCAAGGGGCGUGGUCUAUUCUGACUCAGAUGGUGGUGACAGAGUUCUCCGUAACCAUUAGCGACAACGGCCACUCCUGGUCCAACGUGUUUGAUGAGGGAACGCAAAGAGAGAAGAUGUUCUUGGGGAACAGUGAGCCAGAUGAGGAGAUGCUGAACCUCUUUGAUCCUCCUCUGUUUGCCCGCUUCAUACGGAUCCACCCCAAAGGCUGGGUCAACGACAUAGCCCUGCGCCUGGAGUUCAUGGGCUGUGACACCCAGCAGAGACACUGAGAGACAGGGCAGGGGGCCUCACUGUGCAGCUCCACACUCAGGCCCACCUCACCUUUGUCUCUUCUAUUUAAUGAGCAUAGCAGUGACGUGAUGAUCAUGAAAUAGUCAUGUCAUUGAUGGAUGAACAGAGUGAGUGAAGUUUAAAAGGUUUGUUUUGCCAGGAUCAGAGUCAUAUAUGAUAUGCUGCUGUAGUAAGUGUCUAUUGAUGAACUGAGAACAGCUCUUAGGUCUGGUCACUCCACUAUCAACAGUAUAACACAUUACGUCAGUUUAUGAAGACUGACUCUCACAGACGGUUUGUCUCAUGUACAAUAUAUACUACUACAAACACUAUGACUUCAGACAUUCCAGAUGUGAUCAAAUACAUGUAAAUAGUACAGUAUAACAAUUAUUUCUGUCUGGAUGUGACUGUGACUACAGUAAUCUGUACAGUACUGUAUGUAUAUGCAAUGUAUCAUAUGCACUGAGGGGAGAGGGAUAGAGUUUAUAUUGUUAAAUAAAAAUGUGAAUUAUA